UAUAAUGACAUAGUUAGUCAGCACCCGACCACGGUCGAGGACACACGUCGCAAUGUUACACAUAAUCACCUUCCUACUUGCCGCAUCAUCGUGUUUAUGCGAUGUCGAGUUCAGUGCGCGAUCGAGAAAUUUCAGCAUCGAACUCUUAUACUUCACACAAGCCGAAGCUGACGGCCACGUCGUCAUAUCGCCCUUCGGAAUCUGGACUCUCAUGACAGGAGUGGCCCUUGGCGCGACAGGGGAGAGUUAUAAACAAGUAAGAAGAGCGUUCAUACUGCCCAAAAAUCCUGCAAGUGUCGUCAAGGGCUACAGAGAUCUGACCAAGGCUGUGUUAGACCCAACUACAAACGGAGUUACGUUGACAAGCAAGAAUUACGUGUUCCUCGAUGACGAUUUUGCUGUGUAUCCUGAGUUUAGGAGAAGCGUGCAGAAUGACUUCGAUGCGUCUGUUAAAGUAAUUGAUUUUAACGACCCAAAUUCGGCAGCAAGAAUCGCUAACAACUACAUACAGAACUCCGGAGGCGGGAGAGUGUCUAAUGUAUUGAGAUCUGAAGAUUUCGCCGAAUCAAGAAUGAUUUUGACCAACGUGAUAUCCUUUAAAGGACUGUGGACACUGCCGUUCAAUAAAACUGAGACGACAAGGAAACCUUUCUUUGACGAGAAUAAACAGAUCGUAGGUGAAGUUAACAUGAUGUAUAACAGGGGCCCGUACCGUUUCUCAAGUAUCAAAGACUUGCAAGCUUUUGUCCUGGAGCUGCCGUACGGGAACGACAAUAAGUACUCAAUGAUCAUAAUCCUACCACACAAUAAAGUAAAACUAGUGGACAUGUACCAGAAUUUCGCUAAAGUGAGCUUAGUAGACAUUGUGCAAAGACUAAAAGACGAUGAGGAAAAAUUUGGUGUAACCGACGUGGACGUACAGAUACCAAGAUUCAAGAUUAGCACGAAUGUCGUUUUGAAUAAGCCCUUGAAUUCGAUGGGAGUUUAUGACAUCUUCGAACCAGAUUUAGCCAAGUUUGAAAGGGUGAGCCAGGAGCAGAUCUUCGUGUCAGCUAUUGUGCAUAAGGCUGAUAUAGAAGUGACUGAAUCUGGGACUGUGGCUUCGGCGGCAACCUCCGCCAUCUUUGCUGACAGGAUGUCAACCCCUCGCUUCGACGCUAACAAGCCGUUUGUUUACUUCAUCAUGGAAAUGACAACCAACACUGUGAUCUUCGGAGGCAUUUAUUCUAAACCUACCGUGUAUUAAUUAAAACUAUUUAUACCUAUUUUUUACAA